AUGGAGUCGUUCCGCGGCCACGACCCCGCGGAUACCAUGGACGCGCCGAUGCCGCAGUCCAAGCUCAAGCUGCGCAAGAAGGCCGUCGACGACGACGCUGGGCCCGCGCCGGGGCGCAAGCGCGCGCGUCGGGAGAAGGACGUCGACAAGGCGUACCCGGACGACCGGUCCUCGACCGGCGGUCGCGACGAGAAGCCCGACGUGGUGGCCGCGCCGGCGGUGGGCGUCCCUUUCCUCACAGCCUCGGGGCGCGACGACAUUGAGGCCGGCAAGAGCUUGCUCGAAUUGCUCCUCAAGCCGAGCCGGCAAAAGUCCAAGCGCCGCGACGACCGCACCGAAGAAGAGAUGUUUGGCACGCACGACAUGACGCUCGUGCCGCCUGGCAUCGUCAACAAGAUGGACAAGCUCAAGGACGACUAUGUGCGCGCGGUCGCAGCGGAGCACACGCGGCAUUGGAUCCACAUGAGCGGCUUUGGCGACAGCUCCAAGUUUAUGAGCAACUUGAUCCCAGCGGUCGAGCCGCAGUACCCGUGCAACUACCCGACGAUCCUCGACGAGAUUGUCGUUUCGUUCAUGUUCAAGCGGCCCGAGUACACGGAUGUGUUGAUCCGGACCGUCAUCAAGCGCCACACCGAGCACGUCUACCCGGAGAAGAACCCGCUCGUGCAAACGAUGCUGCAGAAGAUUGCGCUGCUACACACGGGCGAGCUCUUUGGCGACUCGGCCGCGACGACCCGGCACCGAAUAGCGACCUUGGCGAUCGUCAAGGCCUUGUUCCACAGCAACCAAGAGAAGCUGUACCUGAGCACGUGGAUCCUCGACUGCUUGCGCGUCACGAGCCAAGACAUGCUCGAAGUGCUUGUCGCCAAGCUCCUAAACGCGAUCGCGUUCCUUCCGCUCAUGCAGCCCGAGCCGCAAGCGCUGCCGUGGCUCGCCAUGUGGCAGGACGAGACGUGGUCCAUCUACGACGGCGGGCACCAGCUCGUGGACCUCGUGCACCUCGAGACCAAGCACGACCCGUCGACGCGCCGCGUGACGCGCGCGAUCGUCCGCGAGGCGCUGCUGCGCUUUGCCUACAUGCCGCAGGGCCAUUUUUCGUUCUUCGCGCCAGCGUUUCGCUCCUAUUUAUGCGCCGCGACGACCGGCAGCCUCGAGAUGCUGUCGGAAGUGCUGCCGAAGUUCCCGCCUCGGUACGCCGCCGACGAUCCGCACCCUGUCUCGCAGCUUCUCGAGCUCUUUGCCAGCGCGAUUCCGCUCGCGAACGCGUCGGACAAUGCGUGGUUCCUCCUGCACCUCUGGCCGCUCGUGCUGCAGUCCGACGACGUCGCGAGUCUGCUGCCGACGAUCUUCUCGCGCUACAUGGCGUACGUCUUUGGCGGUCUCGACGAGAAAACGCAGACAGACCCGCUCGGUUUCAGCGCCAACGUCGCCUUUUCCACGGUCGACGCGUGGCACAGCCUCCGCACGUUCCUCGAGGCGAUUCCUAAGCACGCGACCAAGCGUCUUGCGACCAUUCGCACUGUCUUUCGCGCGUGGAAGGCGGCGUGGCGUGAUGCUGCCUUGCCGCUGCACGUCAUGCUGACGAUGGUCGUCGUCUCGCUCUCGUUCCACGCGACCGACGACGCAUGCGCGGCGUUCCACGCGACGAGGACGGAGUUUCGGGCGCUCACGCUGUCGCUUUUGACGGCCAAGGCGGCGACGCUCUAUGCAUCCGGACCCGGGUACCUUGCGUUUCGCCACACGUUUCUGCAGCACCCGCGCGGCCUCUGCCCCAAGCAGCUCGCGAACGUCGUCGACACGGUGCUGGCGCAACUGCCGCUCAACGACAACACUUUGUAUGCGCUCGGAUUGCAGCAGACACUCGCCACAAGUUUGGCGGCCGAGUUGGAGCCCUUGCCCGACGUUGCGUUUUUCGAUUGGCAACAGCACGUUGUUAUGGCGCUGCCGAGCGGCCCGUCCUGCGCCGCGUACCCGCCACAGCCGCUCUUGACCUUGCAUCUCUUGACCGAGCUCGUGACGAAUGCCUCGCUCACUGUGGCAACGUUUGUCCAACGCCAAGUGGCCACGUCACCGGCCGUGUACGAAGCGCUGAUUGCGCUCCUUUCGUCGCGGGACCACGACGUGGUAAAUGCGACGCUUCGUCUCUUGCACGACGUCUUGACGCGCUUCCACGACCCGGUGCCAGACCUCUGGACGCAGCCGCAUGUGGUGCAAGCCAUUGCCCGCCUCGCCCACCGCGGCGAGAUGAGUGCCGCCACGACGCUCCUCGAAGCGCUUGUGACGCGAGGACCGCCGCGCGUGCCGCUGCUCCUCCUCCGGCUGUGCGUCGACGCGCUGCCGUCCCUUGCGGCCCACGAGAUGCGUGCGUACGUGCACGACGUGGAGAUUGGGCUAGCGACGACGCCGGCCGCGUGGGAGCAAGUGCUGCAGUUUGCGUCGGCGCAGCUGCUCUCGACGGCGUCGGCGCACUGGACGGAAAAGUCGGCGGCGCACAUGGGUCUCCUCGUCUUGCGCAUGCUGUACAAACUCGACUGGCGACCCGAGUACGCGUCCGUGCUGCCGUUUGCUCUCCGGACGCUCGAGACGUCGUCGGAUGUCGUUUGCGCCUUGCAACUCGGACUGCUCUACGACGUGGUCGCGACCGCGCCGCGCACCGAAGACAUUGCGCCCGUCUUGACCGCGAGCAACGUGAGCUCGCGCCUCCAGCUGCUGCUGGCGCUGCCGCAACAGCGUGGACCGUCGAUCGUGGCGCUUGCCCGGCGCACGCUUGGCGCACUCGAGACCAAGCACCCCGCAGCAGCAGCACCAUCAUCAUCAUUAUGA